AUGGCAUUACUCUUAGCUUUUGGUAUUGCUCUGUUUAUACUUAUUAUUAGUUAUGUCUAUUUCAAACGGCAGUUAUGUCAAAAAACGAAUGGUUUACCGGGUCCUAAACCUCAAAUACUGUUCGGUAAUCUGAUAAAUUCAGGUAUUUUGACUGGAAAAAAGAGUUUUCAUGAGGUUAUGCAUCAAUAUCAACAAGAAUAUGGCGAUAAAUUUGUUUUCUGGUUUGGAACGUAUCCAAUCCUUGUAUUUUGUUCGCUUGAACAUGCGAAAGCCAUAUUUGCUGAUCGACAUACAUUUGAACAAUCACCUUUAUUUUUACCCAACUUUGAAUUAUUUUGUCCGCACAGUAUCGUCACAUUUUCUGGAUCAAAGUGGAAACGGCAUGCUCGAGUUAUGAUGCCGAUGUUCAAACGAGCAAAAGUUAUUCAACACUUAGACGUCAUCGCUGAAUGUGCAGAUCGUUUUAUUGAUCAAUGUUUAAUCGCCGAUCAAGUUCAUACAAAUCUCGUCCGUCAGUGUCAAACUGUAACAAUGAAUGUUAUUGGAUUUAUUGCAUUUGAUUACGAUCUGGGCGCUGAGAUGAAUUCGAAAACGAAAGUUAUGUUCGAAGAUUUUAUUUCUGUUGUCGUAAAUGUGAUGUUUUUUUCAAGUUUACCUCAAUGGGUGGCGAAGUUGUAUUUAAAAUUAAAUUGGAAAUAUCAGAAAACCAAUCGAUUUCUUCGUGAAUUGAUGGAGAACAUUGUCGAACAAGAACAGAAUAAUCAGGAUAAAGCUGGUGAACAAGAACGACCGAAAAAUUUGAUUUCAUCAUUGGUUUCGUCGCUCAACGAACAAGCCAAUGAUGAACAAGUGUCAUCAGGUUUGACACGAGCGGAAAUGUUUGACGAAGUCUUAACAGCAUUAGUUGCUGGUUUUGAAACAACGGCAACUGGUUUAGCAUGGGCUAUAUUUUUCCUUAGCAAAAAUCCUCAUGUACAAAAACGAAUGAAGGAUGAACUUUAUCAAAAUGAUCUGUUAAUCACGGACGAUGUUCAAUCGUUACCAACUUUGACAAAGGAGAAAAUUGAUGCACUCGUUUACUGCGAAUUUGUUAUAAAAGAAGUUCUCCGUUUGGCUCCGAUUGCUAGUGUUACAACACGUAUUGCUUUGCAAGAUACGGUUGUAGAUAAUACACCUGUUCGACGCGGCCAGACGGUGCUUAUUGGUAUGAACAAUAUUAAUACCGAUGCACGCUAUUGGCAUCAUGAUGAUCCAAAGAGAUUCAUUCCUGAACGAUAUUUACAUGAAGAUAAAGAUCAUCAUCCAUCUGCAUUGUUAGCAUUCGGUGGAGGACAUCGUGCUUGUAUUGGACAGGAUUUAGCAUGGUUAGAAUUGAAAGUAGUUAUUAUUCGAUUGAUGCAACGUGGAGUCACGUUUGAAGAUACUCCUGAAAAUACUGGUGGCUAUGAGGAACGUUUAACUUGCUUUCCGAAGAAGAUGGCCAUUCGAGUUCGCUUUGAUCGAGCUCGAUAG